AUGUCAGUGUUGCUGUCGGUAGCCUCGUUCUUUCGUCGCCACAAGAAGAAGUUGAUCGUUACCGCUUCCGUGUCGGUGUCGCUCUACAUUGUUUUUUACCAGCUUGUGAUCAAGAAGUUCCGCAACUUUCAAAAUGCAUUGAAGCAAGAGCUCUUUGUCAAGGAACAGAUCAAGCGUCGAUUUAUACAGACCCAGACCGACUGCUACUUAACUAUCUUGGCGUUAUUGCCUGUGUUGUGCCUGCCUGUGUUGACUUACUUGCCCACAGAGUCUAUCACCCAGGCCCUCAAGAGGAAAAAGAACACAUCUAGAGAAAUGUCUGACUCGCUCACCACAGAGAACUUGAUGGCACAUUCAGAGGACCAGCCGCCGGUCUCUUCGGAGUUGUCGGUAUUUCUUGCUAAGUCCAAGCUCGAAUUGUGGCACGAUUUGAAGGUGAAGUCCAUUGCUCGUAUGCUUGCCCUCAUCUACUCUGCUUCUGGCUUGCUCUUGCUUACUAGGUUGCAGUUGAACAUUUUGGCGCGUAAAGCAUACCUUGAGCUGGCUAUUGCCAUGGCAGGAGGCUCUGUUUCACCUAAAAACCAUGAUUCAUACGACUAUUUCAUCGAGCAGAGCUAUUUGUCGUUAAGUUGGUGGCUUCUUAACCACGGCUGGAUGCGCAUGGCCAACGGGCUCGAGGCUUUGGUAGAGACAAAGUUCAAGGAAAUAACGCCUAAGACGGAAUUGACCGUGGGCACAUUCACUGAGCUUUUGAAGGAAAUCAGUGUGGAGUCCUUGGACAACGGAGGUUCAUUGGUCACUCACUCGUUGUUUCCUGUCGAGUACGACAACUUGAUUGAGACGCUCAUGAACACUAACCCGGAGUUGGUCAAUGAGCUCGAGAAUAAGGACCUGAACCUUGUCAAACUCAUCAACGAGACCAACUUCGUCUUUGCCAACGACUUCACGUUGCGAGUGUAUGCGGCGCUCGUCAACAACGCUAUCGACACUUUGGGCGACAAUAUAUUGCUUGCACUUGACCCCAACGGUGUGAGUAAUCGUGUGCACAAACUUGCUACAUUUUUAGCACAAUUAUCGGUUCAAUCCAAUGUCAUUACCGACCCACAGAACCAUAGCGACAGCGAGAUUACUGGAAACAUCUACAUCAACAAUCUCAACGACUUAGAAGAACUCGACGAGUUCAGUGCUAGCAUCUAUUCGAACUUUGAGUAA